CGCCCCGUGCCGGCCAUGGGGCCUGGAGGCGCCGCCACCCCCUGGCGUAGGGUGCGAGCCCCCCACAACGUCUGCCGCCUCCUGAGCGGGCGGGCGCGCGGGUUUUACGCCCAGGACGCUGGGGUCGCCCUCAGGAAAAACCUAGGGAUCCUCAGGAGGCUGCUUUGCCAGGAAAGUACUAAAUUCAGGAAAGUUUGGACAAGUCAUUCCACAUCUCCUAUUACUUAUGAAAGUGGAAGAAUCUAUUUUGACAAUUAUCGGUGCUGUGUCAGUAGUAUUGCAGGAGAGCCAAGAAUACUUUAUCAAAUGCCACCAUGUUCUAAAUCAGAAAAAAUAGAGGAUGCUUUAUUAUUGGAAUGUCCUCUGGGGGAAACAUUGCCUAGUCUAUCAGACUAUAAAACUUCGCUUGCAGUUUUGACAGCUCAGAACUGGCUCCUUCGUCUCUCUGCUAAUACUGGGGAAAUACUGGAAAAAAUAUACCUUGCAGGAUCCUACUGCAAAUUCAGGUACCUGAACUGGGAUUCUCCUCAAGAAAUUAUGGUUGUAAAGUCUGUUCAGCAGAAGGUCUCAGCAGCAGCACGGCAGGCAGGCAUCCAGCAGUCUGUGCUGUUUUUUCUUGCUGUAUUCAGAGUUCUACCUCUUUCCUUUAUUGGAAUGCUGGAGAUAAACAAAAAAAUAUUUGGAAACAGUGUCAUGGAUGUUGCCGUUUCUAAUGGAAUGCUGAUUGUGAUGAAUAGCAUGGGCCUGGUCAAGCUUUAUAGCUUCCAGGCUAUCUCUGAGCAGUUCAUGGAGCAGCACUUUGAUUUGGGCAGUGAAUUCAACUGGAAUAAUAGAGUUGGAAUUGUAGGAAAGUAUCCAUUUGGUCUUCCUUGCAACAUUAAAAUAACAGAUACCCCACCUUUGCUAUUUGAAGUGUCUUCCUUAGAGAAUGCAUUUCAAAUUGGAGGAUACCCUUGGCAUUACAUCAUCACACCUAAUAAUAAAAAGCACAAAGGAGUCUUCCAUAUUUGUUCUCUGAAAGACAAUACUUUGGCAAAAAAUGGCAUACAAGAUAUGAAAUGCUGUUCACUAGAACCAGACUGGAUCUAUUUCCACCCAGAUACUUCAGGUAGAAUAAUCCAUGUGGGACCAAAUUUGAUUAAAGUCUUGAAACUGAAGGAAAUUGAAAAUAAUACCAACCAACAGGAAAUUAUAGAAGAUUUUAUCAUUGUGGCCAACAGGGAGAAUAUGGUGAACAACUCUGUAACUGUAACAGCUUCUGGCCGAGUGGUGAAAAAACGUUUUAACCUACUGGAUGAUGACCCAGAACAAGAGACUUUCAAAAUUGUGAACCAUGAAGAUGAGUUGGAUUUGUUAUCCGUCGUGGCAGUCACUCAGAUAGGACCUGAUGGUAGAGCUCACCUUGACCUUCACUGUAAUGAACAUGGGAUUCUCCUUAAGAGUGUUCCAUUCUUGGAGUCUUGGGAUGUGACUUACAGUCACCAAGUUUACUUUGACAGAGAUGUAGUGUUACACAUUGAACAAAAACCUAAUCGCAUCUUCAGCUGCUAUGUUUACCAAAUGGUCUGUGAUAGUGAAAAUGAAGAUGACCAUACAAGCUAUAAAAAAAAAAAGAGAUUGUGUUGUAAAAAAGGGGGGAGAAUUUUUGAAUAUUUUUAAGAGAGAGUCUCCAGCUGCAAAGACUUCACUUGGAGUAAUAGCCAAGGAUAUUUAUUGCUGUGGAGUAGUCAACUGUUAUCUUUUGACCACUGUGUGUGAAAAUUCAUAUUUUGAUCUUAAAUUUUUAUAUAAUUACAUUUUAAAUCUUCUCUUUUUGCACAUCUUCUAUAGACCGUAACACUUUUUCAUGUAUUUACCUGUUUGUUAUUGCUACCAGGUACAGAUUAUAAUACAGUAACACAAAUAAUAAAAAUGAUACUCAUAACCA